AUGGGUAGAGGGGAAGACGGAGGAGGGGGGGAAGAGAGAGCGAGAGUCCGCAUUCAGCGCCUUGCUCUAGCGACCUCGCCGCUAUGUCGCCGCGUUUUCGCUGUGCGUUGCAAGGCAGACGCCGCUGUCACGGCCGCCUACGGCGUCCGCUGCCGCGACUACGCGCCUGCGGCGCGGAUCUUUCAGGGGGCCCUCCGGGGCCCGAAAGAUUUUUUUUCUCAAUUCCCGGGUGGUGGGGUUUUUGGCGUCAAGGUGGAAAGCUACCCGGGAAUUGGACCAGUUUCGAGGCUGGCAGCUACCCGGGAGUUGGCUGAAAAACGACCAAGUCGGACACCUUGGAGCUACCCGGGAAUUGGACCAGUUUCGAGGCUGGCAGCUACCCGGGAGUUGGCUGAAAACGACCAAGUCGGACACCUUGGAGCUACCCGGGAAUUGGGAAUUUGGAGAACGGAUUUUGGCACACUCAGAUUACCCUAUGGCCGGUCGUGCAUCGCUGCAGCAGCGUUGGGGCGGCCGUGGUGGUGGAAUCGAGGUUGUGGCGAGCUACCCGGGAAUUGGGAGCUACCCGGGAAUUGGAAUCUGGAGGCGCCGACGACCCUCAGAACGGCGCAGGGCGGCUGCAGCCCACUGGGGCAUGCGUGGGCACCUGUGGCCAUUUGGCAGAGUUGGUUCCGUGUGAGCCACGAAAAAAGUUGCCAAAAUCCGUUCUCCAAAUUUUCCCAUAGUCAGAGUGGGGCCCCCACCAAAAAGAUCAACGACUUUCGGCUGCAGCGGCGUGCCCACCAAAAACAGGACCCAGGGGCUACCGAGCAGCGUUCAACCUCCACGGAGGUAGCCGCCCAGGCGUCUACCAAACUGGAGUUGCCUUUCGGCGCUGAGAGGUCCGCCUCUACAGCGACGCAGAUGGGCUCUAGCAGCGGAGACGACGCGCGUGGUGAAGCCGACCAGCUGACGCCGCGUGCCGGCUCUCCUCUCGGGGCGCUCUAG